GUUCUAUUAUUAUACGCUGGAAUUCGCUUACCAAUAUAAUAAUAGCCGAGAACAUACGAAAAGUUGAUGAAAGAAGCCGUGGAUAAGCUAGCUAUAUUAAGGAUCUAGAGAAAGAAUGGAAUUUUAUGGACAUUGAUGCUUCAAUGAAUUAAGAUGAAAUAAAAUUUGAUGAAUUGGUCUAAGCAACUUGUGAAUUCUUCUGAGUAGAAUGACAAACAGUCAACGAAUCAAGCCUUGAUGAAGUAGGCGGGAACACAAGGCCAAGUAAUAAUGGAAUGUCCAUCCAUACGUAUAAUGUACAAUUGAGAUUAUCUAAAGCUAAUGCGACUUACUAUGGGUAGCGUUCCAUUUCUCUCCGAUUGCUUCACAGACUCAUCUGCAUAUACAUGGAUUCAAGGUUUUCAUUUAUCCGUUUGGCCUGAACUAUAAACAUUCAAUAAUUGAUGUUAACUUUUCAUUUAUUAAUUUAUAGCAGUCUAUCGCUAUUAUAUUCUUCAGAAAUCUUUAAUUUUGGCUAGCGAAUUCAUUUUUCGAAGCUUGGAAUGAAAAGAGCUCGAAUUUAAGGACCAAAUGGGUCUCUCUCAUUACUCUUUUUCUUUUGUUUUGCAAGAUCUAAUUAUCUGUAUAGUACAGUAGGGUCAAAUCAUUAAAGAAUGCUGUAAACACUUUUGACGGGAUGUUUUGGCAAUCGGUAAAAAUUCUCUCUAAAAAAAGCAUGCAGCAUUUAAGAAUUGACAAACUGAAAGCAUUCAGGAAUUCUUCUUUACUCGCCAAACUAAAUAUCUAUUUCCUCGUUUUUUGUCAAAUAUAUUCGUCACUUCCUUGUUACUUAGAGAUUUGCCAACUAUACAGGCUACAUAAGUAUGAAACAAAUUUUCAGUUCGGUUAACAAAAACAGAAUUCCAACUUGUCAACCAGUUUGGACGUUUAUUAGGAAGUCUUAUUCUUUAUAACUUUAUAAAAUGGUCAAGUUUGCAUUGAAUCUUCAGGCUGAACUCGUUGGCGUUUCUAACUUAAGCCCAAAGGAAGAAGAGGCCUUCUAUUACAUGUUUGAAGUUGAAUGUGGAUCUUGUCAUGACAUUCACGAAAACCCUAUCGGUAUCUGUCGAUCCGAAGUUCACGACAUUCCUGGAAGCAAGGGAGAAGCCAACUUGAUUUGGACAUGUAAAAAUUGCAAGAGAACAAGUACUAUCUCCAUUGUCAGUCGCUUUCAUCCUUACACGAAUUCCCAAAGCCAACAACGUCUAUUAGAAUUGGAGUGUCGAGGCUGCGAACUCGUCAAGUUUGUCCCCGACGGCGAAUGGGUUGCCAAAGGAGAAGCUAAUGGCACCCAAUUUACAGAAAUAGAAUUAGAAGACGACUGGUAUGAUUAUGAUGAAAAUGCUGGAUCGGAGGUUUCCAUUUCCGAUAUGCAAUGGACAAUCUCGAAAGCAUAAUAAAGCAUCUAGUUACGGCCUGCACGAAAAUAAGUUAUAGAAAAAAAUAAAUUUAAUUCAUAAACACAUAUACUCUAAUUUUCCCAGUUUUCUUGUUUUAUAUGUCGUAUCAACAGCGUGUUAU